UAUUUCGAAAAACAUUUUACUUUCACUUUCAAAACCUACUCUUUGCUUCUGGUCGGAACACCACCUUCCUGUGCUGCCGAGUGGACAAAGUUGAGCGGCAUGGCACGGUGCCCCUGGUCAGCGGGGUCUUCACACACCAGGUGAGAGCCAGAGUGUCCUCACACCGCAGGCAGGAGCUUCCCCGGGAGGACGCAGAAGUCACAGGGAAAGGGCCACAGGGCGGGCUCUGAAUUCUACAUUUUCCUCCCACCACGUUUUCUGCCGUCCUCCGCUCUUGAUGUUCCUGCUGGACUGUCUGGGCACCGGAUCCCUUUGGAGGGAUCAUGAAAGGCUUCAUGUAAAAGCCAAUUCCUGCCCCACCGAGGUCACUUACCGUGGCCCCGUCACCGAGCUUUGCAUCCAGCGAGUCCAGAGAAAGAGCACCUGUGGAGGGCUGGGGGCCGAGCACCUGCACCUGCACCUGCUGGGCUGGGUCUGGUCUUCCUACCAUGCAGAAUCUCACUUUCUCUUGUGGUUCCAAAAAAACUUCCUGUCCCUUGACAAGGACUUCCAGGUCACCUGGUACUUGUCCUGGAGCCCCUGCCCUGCAUGUGCAAAGCAGGUGGCCGACUUCCUGGCCGUGCACCGAAACGUGAGCCUGACCAUCUUCUCCGCCCGACUCUACUACUUCUGGGACCCAGAAUUCAGGGAUGGGCUUCACAGACUGUUUGAGAAAGGGGCCCGGGUGGCCAUCAUGUCCCCCAAAGAUUUUGAAAACUGCUGGGAAGGCUUUGUGUUCAACGAGGGAAGGGACUUCAGGCCUUGGGACAACAUGGUUGAAAAUUAUCAGUCCCUGCGCAUCACCCUGCAGGAGAUCCUCAGAUACCCGAUGGAGCGGUUAUUCCGGAAGACAUUUUACUUUCACUUUCAAAACCGACUCUAUGCCUCGCGUCGGAACACCACCUUCCUGUGCUACCGAGUGGACAGAGAGGAGCGGCCGGGCACCGUGUCCCUGGCCAGGGGCGUCUGGAGAAACCAGGUGCAUCCUACCUGCCACGCAGAAUUGCGCUUUCUCUCGUGGUUCCAGAGUAACAUGCUGUGCCCCAACAAGGACUUUCAGGUCACCUGGUACUUGUCCUGGAGCCCCUGCCCUAACUGUGCAAAACAGGUGGCCGACUUCCUGGCCGCGCACCGGAACGUGAGCCUGACCAUCCUCACCGCCCGACUCUACUACUUCUGGGACCAAAAAUUCAGGAAUGGGCUUCGCAGACUCUGUGAGGAAGGGGCCCGGGUGGCAAUCAUGUCCCCCCAAGAUUUUAAAAACUGCUGGGAAGACUUUGUGUGGAACAAGGGAUGGAACUUCACGCCUCGGUUUAAUGUGGGUAGAAAUUACCAGCUCCUGGCCAGCAGGCUGGAGGAGAUCCUUGGUCCUCACUCUUGACUCGUGCCACCGCUGGGAUACAGCUGGAAACCUCGAAUUCCUGACCUGUGAGGCCCUUUGGGGACAGCAAGUCCCCUGCCCUUUGCAGGAACAUGAGGGCCAGGAGGCCGCUGCCAUGGAGGGAGCACGGCCUGGCUGACCUGGCCUGGCCUCCAGCUCUGCCGUGCAUUUGCUGUGUGACCUGCAGAGGGCUUCUCAGCCUCUCUGUGCCUCGGAUCUCCUCUGGAACGUCAGCGUCAUUGCUGAGGCUGGAACGUGACUGGCCCCUUCAUGGUCACGAUGCAGUUUGGUUGCCAACAUGUGGUGGCCCUGUCUCAGGUGGGAUUUUAAGAUAAGGCUGGAUCCCAAUGGAGUCGUCUGAGUUACGGGGCUCUGUGCUGGGCAGGUCGGCUCUGGUUCUGGGGGGACCGAUUAGGUUCUUCGUCUGUGGGACUGCUGGCAUUACCCGAGAGCGGCGGCUACCCAGUGAGGUCACCUCUCCUGCUCUCUGUCACGUGCCCCGGGCUCCCCUUCGGCUUCUCGGCCAUAUCGAUACGGCGACACCCUGACACAAAACAGC